CACAGCCAACCAACCACGCCGAAGCCGAUAUUCCGAACUGUCUAUCAGUUAAGCCUGGCGCACUUACAACGCGUACUGUACUUCAACAUUUCCUUCCUUUUGCAGCUUUGAUGACCAUUGCGUGCCGGGUCGUUGGUCCACCGAACUCAUUUUCACAUGCCAUCUCUGCAAAAUGAUGAAACGCCGCGGGCUACCUCAACACAGCCAUGUUGCUCGACGUGAGAGAGCCUGAGUACUAGUAUUUAAUCCGCUGUCCUUUCAGUCAUGUUCACACGCAAUGUCCUUAUCUCUUCCCUGGAACAGCAAGACUUAGUUGACAAACCAUGUCCCCAAUCAUGGCCAAGAAAUCCGAGAACCUGACAAACAACGUCGAAUUCGCAUUGUCGGUCAAACACUGCCCUCCUUCACAGGUCCGCAUUCCUGCGGCAGACCUAGAUAAAUUCAUCGACAAACCUGGGCUUGCCCGGGCGAAUCUCGCGGUAUCGACCGAUGUCCCUCAGGGCUCGACAUCAACAGGCCACGCCUCCAAAUUCAAAGAUUAUACGGUCCUGCAGCAGCAUGUGCUUUUCUGGGAUCGAGACGGAGACGGCGUCAUCUAUCCAUACGACACGUAUGUCGGAUUCCGUGAGCUCGGCUUCAAUAUCUUGUUCUGCCUCCUGGCGGUCAUGAUCAUCAACAUCAACUUUUCAUACCCGACUCGACUCGCCCAUUCCUACCUUCCAGAUCCCUUCUUCAGGGUCUACGUCGACAGCAUACACAAGGCAAAGCACGGGUCUGACAGUGGCGUCUACGACUCGGAGGGUCGAUUCAUCCCACAGCUCUUCGAGAACCUCUUCUCGAAAUGGGACAAGGACAAUGACGGGGCCUUGAGGCUCAGUGAACUGUUCAGCAUGAUAAAGGGCCAUAGAUGUGCAGCCGACCCAUACGGAUGGGGCGCGAAUUUUUUCGAAUGGGGCACUACAUGGCUUCUUCUGCAGAAAGACGGCAAGAUUUACAAAGAAGAUCUCCGGCAAUUGUACGAUGUGAGUGAGCGAUGCUGAGCUUUGCCGUGUUUGUCUGCAGAAGAAACAACCGCAACUGACAGCCCUGUCUAACUAGGGUUCUCUCUUCUGGCGCAUCCGGGACGCGAGAAAGAGUACCAAGGGAUGGAACCAGGGCUUCGGACUCGGUGGGGACUGGUUCGUUGGAGGGACCAGGAUGUAAUUGUUGAUUGAGGGCCUGUCGGGAGACAGGACAAGAUGGGUCUUUCUGUGCGUGUGGUGUCGUCUGGGAGGGGGUACGCAAGAAAAAAUCAACGCGCAGAAGGGUUGUGCAUGCCGAUGGUCCUGCAGGCGUUCGCUCCAAGCUUUGAUCUGCAGAAUUGUGUUGCAAGUAUGGAGUAGUGUAUUGGUUGGCCCCGUUGGACGUGGCGUGCUGAAGAGUUCCAGCGCCUACUCAUGAAGACUUCGGCGCCCGUAACUUAGGGAUGGCUGGAAAUUCAAGGGUAGGUGGAAUGUAUAUAGUGCUCGAAUGGAAAGUGGUGGAGCUCCACAUGACAGCAC